AUGAGCUUAUCUGCCUUUGGGAUCAUUAGUGCCAUCAAUGAAUGUGUCAAUUUGUUCCAGUCAGCAAAAUCUGCCAUUUCAUCUCUGCGCUCCCGAUGGAGUAGCUCACAUGAGCAAAGUCUCCAGGAUCAUGUGUUGCAAUUACAGAGUGACCUACAACGUCUCUGUAACACUCUUCCUGCAAUGUACGACCUCAUUAAUGGUGCAGAGUGGAGAAGUUAUGAAGAGCGUGUGGCCAAGCUCCUUCCGAGUCUCAAGGAUGCUGUGUCUGAGGCUGAGGACCUUAUUGAUGAGUUCAGAUGGUACGAGAUGAAGGUGCAAGUGGAGGGCAAUGCAAGCCGAUCUCCUUUCAUUGACUUCCUUGAUGAUGUCAUUCAUGGCAACUUCAACAAACUGAAUGAUAUCCAAUUAAGUUUGAAUCACCUUUCGGGUCAGAUGGAGAAUAUGGGGCUUCGUGGAGUUACACAACGCUUUGACAAAGUAGUCAGGCCAGAGACCACCUCUUUAUUGUCUAAGGAAACAAAGAUAUAUGGUCGUGAGAAGGAGCUGAAUCAGGUAUUGGGAUUUCUUAAUGUACCUAUAUGUCCAAAACGAAAGAGAGCAACAAGUCCGAUGAAUGCAUUAGCAAGCACAUCAUCAAGCAACCAUGUUAAUGGCGAAUCGAUAAUAUUGAGUCUUCCUGUUUUGGUGAUAACUGGAAUUGGUGGUGUUGGAAAGACAACUUUGGCCCAACAUAUCUGUAGCCAUCAACGAGUCAAGUCUCACUUUGAAUUGAUAAUUUGGAUUUGUGUCUCGGAUAACUUUGAUGUGAAGAGGUUAACUAAAGAGGUCAUACAAUCAUGGUCCGUAAAUGAGGCAAAGAAUGAUAAUUUGGAUUCUCUGCAGCGCGCUCUUUCUAACCACUUGAAUAAUAAGAGGUUAUUGAUAGUCCUUGAUGACAUGUGGGAUGAUGCCUUGAAGGUUAAUGGGCAGUGGGAGAUGUUUUGUGCAGCUUUUACAAGUGCCCAGGAGGGAAGUGCAAUGCUGGUCACUACUAGAUGUCCAAAUGUCGCUGGGGGGGUGCAGACAAUGGAGCCCAUCAUAUUAGAAGGUCUAAAGGACGAUGUCUUCUGGAAUUUCUUCAAGUCAUGUGCGUUUGGAUCUAUGGGUUGUAACAAUGACCCUGAGUUAGAGCGCAUUGGUAGAAGAAUACUUCCUAAAUUGAAGGGUUCUCCUUUGGGCGCCAAAACACUAGGACGCAUGUUAAGCAUGGACCUGCAAGAAUCACAUUGGAAUUUUAUACUUGAGAGCGAAUUGUGGGAGUUGAAACAAAAGGAGACUGACAUUUUGCCUGCCCUUCGGUUGAGUUAUAUUUAUUUGCCAUUUUAUUUGAAGCAAUGCUUCGCAUUCUGUGCUGUGUACCCCAAAGAUUACAUCUUUCAGAAGGAAUACUUAGCUGAAAUUUGGGUAGCAGAAGGCUUUGUGGAACCUCAUGGUGGUAUUCCAAUUCAAGAUAUUGGUUGUCAGUAUUUUGAUGACCUUGUAGCACGGUCCUUCUUUCAAAAGGUUGGCAAUGAUGGAUAUGUAAUCCAUGACUUGUUGCAUGACAUGGCACAGAAAGUUUCAGAGCACGACUGCACCAUCUUAAGAAAUAAGAGUGACCUUGAUAAAGUUCCUCAGAAUGUUCGUCAUCUCUACAUACUCCCUAAUAGUGACUUUGACAAUUCCAGCCUAUUGAGUCUAUGCAAGUAUACGAAGCUGCGUACCCUAAUUUGCAAGACGAAUUUAAGGAAGAAUAACGGGUUUGUAAUGGACCAAUGGUGUACUAAACUUCUGUGUAUGCGUGUGAUUUCUUUUGCCUUCGCAAUUGAGUUACCGGAUAGUAUUGGCAACUGGAAGCAUCUUCGGUACCUUGAAAUCUCUGAAGAUUGUCCUUUGAAGAUGAUUCCUUCAACAUUUUGUUGGCUAUAUAAUCUACAAUUUUUAUAUGCCAAGAGAUGCAAACUAGAAAGCUUGCCCUGUGACUUUGGUAAGUUGAUCAGAUUGCUGAAAUUUGAAUCAGAUGGACUAGCAUAUUGUGCCGGGGGACGCAUGCAUUUGAAUUCAGAAGAUGGGCAGAGACAUGGAUUUGGGUUACUAAAGAAUCUGAACCAAUUCCGUGGACAUUUGGUGAUAUAUAAUAUUGGCAUUCUAAGUAAGCAUCACGCAGCUGAAGCUGAACUGAAGAAUAAGAAACAUCUUGACAAGUUGAAGCUGAAUAUGUGGGAUAUGCAUGAUACACAUGAUGCUUUAGGCUUCCAUAAUUUUAAUGUCCGCGACACUGAGAUAAAAGAGGUGCUUGAAGUUUUGCAGCCUCCUAUCAAACUCAAGUCUCUGUCCCUCGAGAAUUAUGCCGGUGUAUCGCUCCCAAGCUGGUUUCAACCACAAAACAUGCCAAACAUAAAAUCACUUCAUUUUGCGGCAUGUGUUAACUUACAUGAGAUAUCUGUGGUUGCAUCAGUUAAGGAAUUGGUUAUUGAGGAUUGCCCAUACCUAGUUUCACUUGGUGGAGCUAAGGCAAUUGCAAAAAUAAAGAAGGUGGUGAUACACAAUUGUCCAAAAUUGAGAAAAAGUAAGCUAAAUGGCUGGCAGAAAGCUGCAUUUCAGACGUAUCUAAUUGCAUGGCCUGCUGAUGUUGGUGCUGAUGCUGGUGCUUGGUGUGACAGUGCAUGA